UCCUCAGCCAUCAGAGGACCCAAAAAAGAGAGCAAAUAUGCCCAGCAACAUCAAGGACAAAAACUCGGAGCCCAUCAACGAGGGCGACCAUGUCUGGACCAAGAUCCGCGGGGGAAGACACGAAGGGGAUGUGCAGAAGAUUGUGACGACGGAGGCAGAAGCGAAGAAGGAAGGCGUCAAACACCCGCCCAAGGUUCUCUUCACGGAUCAGCACGGUCAUAACGUCGCGCAUAAUCCGGGCACGCUCCAGCAUAAGGACAAGGAGUGAGGCAGUAGAGUUGGUCCUGGGCUGGGAAAGACGGUUCGAUGUGAAGCUCGUGGGAACUUCGUGUUUGUAAUCAUGAGGGUAACGAAUAGUGCACCGGUGUGCUCUGUCCUACACCCUUGGAAGAUGGGUCAUGAAAGGAGAGAGGAGGUUUAGCUACAACUACGAGCAAUGCUGCUACUUCUACUUCUCCGAGAUGAAGACGGGACUAACGAUCACGCCGCAAUACUUAUGAGAAGGAUAAUGAGCAAUUGCGAAAUGUGUCACCCCAAGCCUAUCUACCUGCUUGUGCUGGAGGCUACCUACCUCUCCAU